AUUUGCAACAAAUACUUAAUUAGUAUUCAUAUCAUUAAGUCUUCUCUUAAUAAUUGUAUCAGUUAAAGCGAACGAUCAUUUGUUUAUUGCACGAAAAUUUUGGAGCUAUAUGCGUUUUGUGGUAAGUGGUAGGUGCAAAUGUGCUUUCUUCACCCAUUAAAAAAUAACUGCGCCAUUAUGCAACAUGAAUCAUUCAUCCAACACUAAACAAAUUUUCAGCUUAUUUUAUGAAGCAGAAAACUAUAUGAUUUCAGCAACUUUUAACUUUCAUAUAUGGAAUAUACUAUAUAAUAUAAUGGAAGUUCACACGUCGCUAUGUUAUUAUUCUUUCCUUUUUCUUAGAUUUCGAAAACUUCCUGAUAUUACUUCUGCUUCGGUGUAUUAUUAGAAUUUCUAUUGUUUCUGCAUAUUUCCCUUCUUGUUUCCUGCAUCUCUUGUUCUAAAUUGUUGUGUUUAUACUUGAACCGAGGGUCUAUCGAAACCGUUUCUCUGUCUGUACAAGAAGAUUGCCUUGUGUGGAGGGUUGACUCUGAACUUCAGUCGUCACUGGACGGAGAUGGAGGAGCAGGAUAUUGGCCUUGUAUAUACAUUGGAUGAAGCACUCACAUCACUUGGUUUUGGGAAAUUUCAAUAUUUGGUUUUGUGUUAUGCUGGUCUUGGUUCCAUGGCUGAAGCUUUUGAAAUUAUGAUUCUGUCAUUUAUAGGACCAGUGCUAAGGUUAGAGUGGGAACUUUCUCCUACUCAAGAAAGUCUCAUAACAACUGUUGUUUUUGCUGGUAUGCUCAUUGGAUGUUAUUAUUGGGGUUUUAUCACUGACAAUUAUGGAAGAAGGAAUGGUCUUCUGAGUGUUGCAAUAGUGACUGCUGCACCUGCAGCACUGACUACUUUUUGUCCAAAUUAUAUUUGGUUUCUCGCUCUACGUAUUAUGGUUGGAUUUGGCGUAGGCGGAGGUUAUGUAUAUGGAUCUUGGCUUCUUGAAUUUAUUCCUCCACAAAGCCGAGGCAUGUGGAUGAUUAUCUAUUACGCGUUUUGGUCAAUUGGAACAAUACUUGAGGCUUUAUUAGCAAUGGUGAUUAUGCCAACAUUAGGUUGGAGAUGGUUACUGGCUUUAUCAUCUAUUCCAUCAUUUGCAGCACUUUUCUUGUACAUUUUUACAGUAGAAUCUCCGAGAUAUCUCUGUGCCAAAGGCAGAAUAAGCGAUGCACACGAUAUCUUGAGGAAAAUAGCUAUUGUCAAUAAGACAGAACUUCCCCCUGGAAUCCUUGUUACUGAUCAAGUGACUGACCUGAAUGAGGAAUUGCUUUCCCCUGGAGAAAACAAAACCUCAAGUUUUAAAUCAGGCUUCUCAUCGCUACUGAUGCUUCUAUCCCCCUCGUUACGAAGAAAUACCCUCCUCAUAUGGGUAGUUUUUAUUGGAAAUACUUUCUCAUAUUAUGGCAUUAUAUUGCUAACCUCACAGUUUAGCAGCGCUCAAAGUAGACACUCGUCAAUCUCUUUGUAUAUACACAAUGAUCAGAGCCUCUAUAGAGAUGUACUCAUCACUAGUGUUGCAGAGAUUCCUGGGCUUCUUAUAUCAGCUAUAAUGGUAGAGAAAGGUGGUCGGAAAUUUACUAUGGCACUUAUGUAUAUCUUCUGCAUCCUCUUCCUUUUACCGCUUCUUAUGCCUCGGCUUCAUGAGGCUUUAACUACUACUUUGCUAUUCGGGGCACGUAUGUUAAUCACAGCAAAUUUCGACAUCUCAAAUGUCUAUUGUCGAGAGAUAUAUCCAACGACUGUAAGGUCAACUGGUAUUGGAGUGGCAAGUUCUAUGGGAAGAAUAGGGGCCAUGAUUUCUCCAAUCAUAGCAGUGCAAUUAGUAAGGAGUUCUCAUCAAAUGGCAGCAAUCAUAGUUUUUGAAGCAGUUCUUGUUUUAUCAGCAACAUGUGUUCUGCUUUUCCCAAUAGAGACCAAGGGAAGGAAACUGAUUGAUACUCUUGUUGUCUAAAGUAAAAAGUUUGGACUCAAUCCAUCUUAUUUGAAUUGAAGUUUGCUCAACAUUGGAGAAGGAAACACAGAAAAUAGGUUACUUGUGUAAAUAUUUCACUUCAUGAAACUCCUCUUGAUCUGAUUAUGAAAUAAAAGUUCUUUUCGGAUAUAACCAUCUGAUAUUCGAAACUCAA